UUCCCUUUUCUUGUCACAAGCCAAACAGCUUUUAGAGAUUAUAUUGCAGAAAUGGAAUGUGUUGGAGGCACCAUGUUUCUACUGAUGUGCACCUUAUUUCUCGCUGUUCAUGGUAUGGAAUAUAUUUCACUGGAGUCUACACAGCAUGGGAGACUAGGGGGCUCGAUGCUUCUCAAAGUUGAGCCUCGUUUUGAUGUCCAGCAUGUAAAGUUCCAGGGCGCCUGGUACAAGAUUAAACCCAAUUAUACUCUUCUAGUCACUUUCACUGAUUCCAGUGAUAUCCAAAAUAUACGCCUGAAAAAUAAACCAGUGCUCAGUUUGCCUGAUGUCUCACUAUAUAUUGAACAUCUGGAUGAGGACGCUGAGGGAGAGUACAAGCUGGAGAUCAAUUUCAUCUUCCCAGGAAGCUCGACGCCGGUGGCUGUCACAAAAAUAGUAACCAUCACAGUUAGCGUGCCUGUGUCAAAACCCAUUCUCAGUAAGAGCCCAGAGGCAGAACUCAUUGAGGAGCGAGAUAAUGUGACGCUGACAUGCUCUGUUGAAAGUGGCACCAACGUUCAGUACACAUGGAUGAAGGAUAACAUAAUGAUAGUUCCCAGCGAGCGGCACAUGUUCUCAGAAGACCACGGCACAGUUAUCAUAAACCCUGUCAGUAAAGAUGAUAUGGGUCAGUACACCUGUGAGGCCAAAAACUACAUCAGUCGUGAAGUGAGCGAUGAAACUUCUCUAAGUGUGUAUUAUGGACCCUAUAACCUAGCAGUAAACUCUGAGCAGGGUCUAAAAACUGGAGGGGUGUUCACGGUGAACCCAGGGGAGCUGGUCUUUUUUGAGUGUCUUGCCGACUCGAACCCUCCCAACAGCUGCGUCUGGAUUUCUAAGACGACGAAUGGCACAGAGGUUGUCAUGACUGGCACACGGUUUGAAGUGACAUCAUAUGAAUUAGCUCAGGCUAAGGAGUUCUGGUGUCGAGCGUUCAACAAUGUGACGAAGAAGCAGGACGAGACCAAGUUUACACUGGUGGUGGCCAGAUUUGAGAAAGGAACAGAAAAACAUUUCCAAGAAGGAAGUGCCCUGUCUCCUUUGACUUUCAUUACAGUCUCAUCUGUGGUUAUCAUUAUCUGUAUGAUGUUUGUAUUUCUAAGGAAGAGCUGCCAUUCAAGGAGAAUUUCUACAGUGAUGAAUACUAUCUACAGGCGGCCUAUGACGGAGCAGAGAGGACUGCACAGGUCCGGUCACGAAGACGCAACUGAAGACUUUGGGAUCUAUGAAUUUGUUUCUGUACCUGGGAAAAUGGAAUCAACACAGGCAUCCUGCAGGUCUUUGGCACGGCUGGAUUCAGUCAAAGAUUUGCAUACCACCAUCUAUGAUGUCAUCAGACAUGUGCCUGAAACGCCAACACUGAGUCUGCUUAAAUGAGAGAGAGAAAGAGAUACUCGGGUGUGCUAAAUGUUAAGAUAAACCAUUGGCUGUAAAGGAUUGUUACGUUUCCCCCCCACCCAAUUUUUCUCUCUACAGUCGCACAUUUAAGCACUUCUACUUUGUUUUCUUUGAAAGAUCAUAAUUCUUAUGAAACGUGCUGGGCACUGAAAUUCUUAAAGAAAUAUGUAUAUAUUUAUGAUUCAGAAUUAUGAAUUUUUUUCCAUAGCGACAGGCUUAAUAAAAAAUUAAGAGUAUUUAUAUAAAUACAUCAGAUAAUGUUUUGUUUUUCCUGCAUUGUGAAUGUAAAUAUGAUAUACAUGUUUUGUACUGUAUUUUUUUGCACACUGCAAUGUAUUGUGAAAAUUUUAUUGCCACAUAACCGUUCCAUACAUUUCAUAGGUAGCAGUUUUUGAAUUUAAAGCAGACAUAUUCUGUCUGUUUUAUUUUCUAUGUGUUGCACCUGCACCUGUUUAUAUUUUAAACACAGAUGGAUGACUUGUUAUUUUAAAAUAAAGGUUUUUAGAAAUA